GCCGCUGUGCGGGGCCGCGCACGGGCGGCGCCGCUCCCUGUCCGCCAUAGUCCCGUUCCACCGGAGCUCCGAGCAGAGGGUCCCGCACCGGCUCCUGAAACCGCGCACAUUCCACCCGAAGACAUGGCCGACGAUGAGGCGACUCCGGAGCAGCUCGCAGCCAUCGCCGCCGAGAACGAGGAGCCCGAGCCGGUGAACUACAAGCCGCCGGCGCAGAAGACGGUGAAGGAGAUCCACGAGCUGGACAAGGACGACGAGAGCCUGCGCAAAUACAAGGAGGCUCUGCUCGGGGCCGGGGUCGGCGAGGCAGAUCCCAACGCUGCGAACGUGGUGGUGACCCGGAUGAGUCUGAUGUGUGAAGCAGCCCCCAACCCGCUGGUCCUGGACCUGCAAGGAGACCUGGAGGCCUUCAAGAGCCAGUCCUUUGUCCUGAAGGAGGGAGUGGAGUACAAGAUCAAGAUCAGCUUCAAGGUCAACAACGAGAUCGUGUCGGGGCUGAAGUACGUCCAGCAGACGUACAGGAAAGGAGUGAAGAUUGACAAGUCGGACUACAUGGUGGGCAGCUACGGGCCGCGGUCCAGCGAGUACGACUUCCUGACCACCUCGGAGGAGGCUCCCAAAGGCCUGAUGGCUCGAGGGAACUACGUCAUCAAGUCCAAGUUCACCGACGACGACAAGCACGACCACCUGUCCUGGGAGUGGAACCUGAACAUCAAGAAGGACUGGAAAGACUGAACAGGAGGAGAGGGGGGGGGGGGGGGAGGGGGAGCAGUCCCCCCUCCUCUGGCUCCUCCCCCUCCCCCGCCCCGCGGUCCGCCACCGUCUCUGCCUUCUUUAUUUUGACUUUGUGGUGCAUUUCAUGCUGUCAUGCCUUAGUUUGACGCCUCUCUGUCUUAACACCCCCCCAUCCUACCCCCACCCCCCCUCAGCAGCAGUAGCAACCCCCCCCCUCCCCCGUCCGUCCAUCUCCACACUACAUUUCCUUUUUUUUUUGCACACGAGUCUGCUGAGGUCUGUUUAUGUCCUGAAACCAGGAGAAUGACCGCGACCGGCCCACCUGUCCCACUCCUGAAAGAACACAGGAACAGACGGAGGAGAGGAAGUGGGAGGGGCCCCAGUGUCCCGCCGCACUCCUCCUCCUCUAUACUGCUGGUUCUGUUGUUUUUUUGCUGCUUGAAGAGAUUAAACUUCCUCCUCUUCCUCCUCUCUUCCUCUUCCUCUCCAGUGUCUUCCUCAGUGUCCCGUGGUUAAAAGCAACUGUACAAUCAGCUUUUCUUUGCCUUUUUUUUAUAUAGAAAUGUAUUGAUGGUUGUGUAUUGUGAUUGUAUUCACUUCACUGUUAAUCAGCUGUUGUGUUCAUGGCCUGCACCCCCCCCCCCCCCCCCCCCCCCCCCCCCAUCUUUUUGAUAUAAUCACCGACACCUGCCUUCUACCAGUGGAUGCUUUUGGCCGCCUCCCUCCCUCCCUCCCUCCUCCGUCGGUUGACCCUGCUGUGCCCCCCCCCCCCCCCCCCCCACCCGAGUCUAACUUCCUGUCGUCACAGGAAGCUGAAUGUUGAAAUGGAGAACAUCUCAUGGAGGCGUGAGAACCAGCUCCAAGAGAGAAGAGUUGUUUCCCCUUCUGCCUUAACGUUCACGUCUCUCUCCCCCCCCCACACCCCCCCACCCCCCGGAGGAGGCGCCGGUCCGAGGAGGAGGAGGGCUCAUUCUGUCACAUUUGAGUUCCUGUCUGUUCUCCUGAAGGUGAGGAUGAUGAUGGUGAUGAAGACGUUCCAUACAUUCCUUCACGUUGUACAGUUUGUAUGAAAACGCUGGCUGCUGGUGUCUCUCGCUCUCUCUCUCUCUCUCCGGUCAUCCUCUGUGGUUGCUCUUCUGUCAAUAAACAUUUUGCUCAA